UGGAUCCGCGCGGGGCCCCCCCCCGCGGCGCCUCAGGCGCCGCCCCUGGCGCGCUCCGCGCGCCCGGGAGGGGGGUCCAGCGCAAAUCCAAGAAAUCCGCGCGGAGCGCAGACAGUUUCUGUUUAUGGCGUUUUCCCUUCUUCCGAAAACGGUCCAACAUUUUCCGUUGUGAUUAUUUUGUUACGGCGCGAUCGUGCCACUCUGGGCCUGCGGCUCCUCCCGUCCGCCUCCACCAGGCGCUGGCGCCGCGCGCGGCCCUGCAGCCCGCGACGCCUUCGAUGCACCAGAACUUUCUGCAGGAGGAGCUGCUCGGAGUCCUGCGAUGGGCGCGGGAUCUGCACCUCACGGGAGGCGCCGUGAACAGGCUGCGGCACAUCUCGGAGGUCAACGCUUCCUUGCUCGAGCAGGUCCGUGAGGUGCUCGACAGGCCCCGGCGACGCCAGGAGCUGGAUCGGCUUCUCCGCAGGGCGAGCAGGCAGAACCUGUGCUUGACAGAGCCGGCUGCUCAGGAGCUCGCCAAGCUCGCCGCUGACGCAAAAAGGUGGCUGGCUCGCGGGAUGAAGGCGAAGCGGAACUGGGAGAAGGAAUUCUGGGCGCUUCGCGUACCCCCACCAGGAGUGGGGCUUGCGCCCUCGCAGCUACUUGCCGUCUGCAGCUAUACCUGGUUGCCGGUUACCCUGGCCGCCCGCUGCUUCGACUCAUUGCAUGUGACCCUGGCAGUACUGGUAUCCAGCCUACCGCCAGCCUUUUCCACUCGACGGCCCGCCGCUGAGGUGCUGCGUGAGGCUCUGGCCCACCGCUUUAGGUUAAUUCGUCUGUGCGCGCCCCGCUCUGACUGGACUCGCCGCUGGCGCGCUCGCCUGCGGCCGCUGACUAAAAAGUAUCCCCCACCAGCUCCUCUUGCUGUUCUCCUGUUGUCUGUCUUCUCCUUUCUAGUGUGCAAUUUGGGCUUCUGCUGGUGAGCGGUAGCUCUGGACGGCGCGCGGCUUCUCCGUUUGCGCUCGCGAUCACAAAAUCCCCACCAGCCUAUCCAGAAACAUUAGAUCGCCAGGCGAGUUGCAUUGAUCA